AUGGCCAACCCGAGGGUGUUCUUCGACAUGACCGUCGGCGGCGCGCCGGCGGGGCGCAUCGUGAUGGAGCUGUACAAGGACGCGGUGCCGCGGACGGUGGAGAACUUCCGCGCGCUCUGCACCGGCGAGAAGGGCGUCGGCAAGAGCGGCAAGCCGCUGCACUACAAGGGCAGCGCCUUCCACCGCGUGAUCCCCGACUUCAUGUGCCAGGGCGGCGACUUCACCAGGGGCAACGGCACCGGAGGCGAGUCCAUCUACGGCGAGAAGUUCGCCGACGAGAAGUUCGUCCACAAGCACACCAAGCCCGGGAUCCUCUCCAUGGCCAACGCCGGGCCCAACACCAACGGCUCCCAGUUCUUCAUCUGCACCGUCCCCUGCAAUUGGCUCGACGGCAAGCACGUGGUCUUCGGCGAGGUCGUCGAGGGCAUGGACGUCGUCAAGAACAUCGAGAAGGUGGGCUCCCGCAGCGGCACCUGCUCCAAGCAGGUCGUCAUCGCCGACUGCGGCCAGCUCUAG